UACGGGCGCGCGCCAGCUCCCACGUGACGCAGUGAAUCUGGUCUCUUCUGCAGGUAGUAAUAUUUUCCCCCCCGAGUUAAAGCUCCGUUAUCGGUCAUGGCGCACAACAUGAUGCUGUACUGGGGCUCCGGUUCUCCUCCGUGCUGGAGAGUCAUGAUCGCUCUGGAGGAGAAGAUGCUGCAGGGAUACAAACACAAACAUUUGUCUUUUGAGAAGAACGAGCACAAGUGUGAAGAAGUGAAAGCUCUCAACCCCAGAGCUCAGGUUCCGACUUUCAAACACGGAGAUAUCGUCGUGAACGAGUCGUUCGCCGCGUGCCUUUAUCUGGAGAGCACGUUUAAGUCUCAAGGCACCCGUCUGAUCCCAGACGACCCGGCCGAACAAGCGCUCGUCUAUCAGCGAAUGUUUGAGACCAACAACCUGCAGCAGAAGAUGUAUGACGUGGCUUUCUACGAGUGGUAUGUUCCUGAAGGAGAGAGACUCGAAUCGGCUCUGAAGAGGAAUAAAGAGAAUUUAAUCACCGAGCUCAAGCUGUGGGACGGAUACCUGGAGAAGAUGGGUAAAGGCUCGUUCCUCGCCGGUAAGAACUUCACCAUGGCUGAUGUGGUUUGUUUCCCCGUCAUCGCGUAUUUCCCACGACUUCACUGUCCUCCAGAGCGGUGUCCCAGACUGAUGGAGUACUACGAGAUGAUAAAAGACCGUCCCAGCAUUAAAGCCAGCUGGCCUCUUGAGUGGCUGGAGAAACCUGAGGGACAAGACACGCUUAAGAACCUGUGAAGAACAUCAGGACUUCCCGAACACCACAGCAGCCAAAAACCAAUUUACAAUUUUCACUUCACUGCAUUAAAUCCUGACCCUUGACUGUUAUCCGUUGGUUUAAAGUGCAGCAGCUUCAGUUUGUCUGGAGUGUGGUAUUUAACCUCUUUAACCCAGCAGGCCACUUCAUUGUUAAUUAUGGCUGUAAUGAUUAAUGUUAACCGCUUUGUUUGGGACUAAUUAAGUUUUAUUCUGUUUGGUCGAAAUAAACCACAUAUUUACCUUCAUUUCAACCAAAAAGGAAGAAAUGUGGUUCAGUUUUACAUGAUUAGCAUUAUACAGCUUACUGUUUUUCUCAACUCACAUACCCAUAGUUAUGUCCCAUAAUUGCAUGAAGUGUGUGGAAUCAUUAUAAAGCCUUAUAAGCAUUUUUUUUAUUAUAGUAAAUAUUGAUUGAUACUAAUGCUUUAGUUACGGUAGGAGCACUUUCACAUUUAGCGCUGUCUCCAAAGAGAAAUAAUACCUAAAACUGGUACAGUAUAAUAAUAUAUUGCUACUUGAUUUAACCUUUAAAUAAAUGUAAUUGUUGUGACCUAAUGUUUUUAAAAGGUGUCAUGACCUGCAUGUAGAGGUCUGUAUUAAAGCCUCCUGCGAGUUUCUGUUUAAAACAUCCUCAUUAUUAAUAAAGCAUUUUUUAAAUCAA